GAUCGCGGGGGCGCGCUCACGGCGCUGCCUGCGCUCCUGCCGUCGAUAGGCUCUGGAGGUGGCGGAAGCACCCAAGCCGUCUAUGGAGCCGGCGGGGACCGCCGGGACGGGGCCCGCAGACCAGCGCGGCGCGCGCACGUCUCCGGGACGCGCGCUUUGGCGUUGGGACCUGACGCUCCUCUGGCUGGCGGUAGCUUCCGGCUGGUCUCCGGCGUGGGGCGGAGGCGCCCGGCGCCACUGGCCUGUGCCUUACAAGCGCUUUUCCUUCCGGCCGGAACCAGAUCCUUACUGUCAAGCAAAGUACACCUUCUGUCCCACUGGCUCACCCAUCCCACUUAUGAAGGGCAAUGAUGUCAUUGAAGUCUUCCGACUACAGACUCCAGUUUGGGAAUUUAAGUAUGGAAAUCUCCUGGGACACUUGAAAAUUAUGCAUGAUGCCAUCGGAUUUAGGAAUACAUUAACUGGCAAGAACUACACAAUGGAAUGGUAUGAACUUUUCCAACUUGGCAACUGUACAUUUCCUCACCUCCGACCUGAAAUGGAUGCCCCUUUCUGGUGUAAUCAAGGAGCUGCCUGCUUUUUUGAAGGAAUUGACGAUGUCCACUGGAAGGAAAAUGGGACAUUAGCCCUCAUAGCAACGAUAUCAGGAAACACAUUUAACAAGAUGGCAAAGUGGGUGAAAGAGGACAAUGAAACGGGGAUUUAUUAUGAGACAUGGACUGUCCAAGCUAGCCCAGGAAAAGGGGUGCAAACGUGGUUUGAAUCCUAUGACUGCUCGAAGUUUGUGUUAAGAACAUAUGAGAAGCUGGCUGAGCUUGGCGCAGAGUUCAAGAAGGUAGAAACCAACUAUACGAGAAUAUUUCUUUACAGUGGAGAACCUACUUACUUGGGAAAUGAAACAUCUAUUUUUGGGCCAGGAGGAAACAAGACUCUUGCUUCAAUCAUAAAAAGAUUCUAUUACCCGUUCAAACCACAUUUGUCAACUAAAGAAUUUCUCUGGAGUCUCUUGCAAAUUUUUGACUCAGUGGUGAUACACAGACAAUUCUACUUGUUUUAUAAUUUUGAAUAUUGGUUUUUACCUAUGAAAUUCCCUUUUAUUAAGAUAACAUAUGAAGAAAUCCCUUUACCUAAUACAUAAAAAAUUUUAAAAUCAAUUAAAAACCACAAAAACUUAAUUCUACUGCUCUUCCUCCUCCAGCCACCAGCACCAGUUUUUCAGGAAUAAUUUUACAUUUGUGGAUUCCUUCAGGCAGAAAAGUAAAAAAUGUACUUUGGUAAAAUUGCUUCAAAUGAAUAGUUCAGGACUUUUCUUGUGGGAAGAAGCUAAAAACACUUAUUAUAUGGAGAAAAGUGAGCACACAGUGAUAUUGAUUUCAAUUUCUGAGCGUGUUAACAUGGAGUAGGAUGGUUCGUAUCAGAUACAGAGCUUCUUUGGUACUAAUAGACACAUUUGCAUGGUGGGAACUACUUUGAUACAGUAGUUGGGCUUUCAUUUAAGUGCUUUUCAGAGGUUUGCACUUGUUAGGCUUGCCGUGCCAGUCUGCAGGUAGACUUCCCCCUCCUGGCCUUCUUUUCCAUGCAGGACUAUACAUGUCCUUCCCCAGAAGUCUCCACAGCACCCGUGUUACCUAGGUGAUCGGCAUGCUCCUCCUUUCUCUGAGGUCCCACCCUGGACUGUCUCUGUUCUGCCUCCUUCAGACCUUGGGGAGGUUCCAAGACUCGAGGGCACUUCCACAUCCACUGUGACCACUCCCCACUCUCCCUACCUUCAGCCCAAUCCCGCCAGGUGCUGACCCCUUCCAUGCGCACCUCCAUUGCAUGAGGGCUGGCAGUUCAGAAUAAACUUCUUUUGUCUGUCUGAAGCAGUUUUUCUCUGGCAGUUUUCUGGGCAAACCUUACAGCACCAUUACAGCUGUUGGAACUUUUGGAACUAGGUCAAGUUGUGCAUGUUUGUUUCACAUAAUUUAUAAUUUUUUUUUGGACACGAGCCUGAGUUGUGCUUUCAUAUGUAGUAAGUACACUAUUAAAGGGCAAAAUUUCUGACUAGCAUUUUAGAAGUAGCUAAGAACUAGCUUUUUUUUUUGUACCUGAAUAUUAUAUCCUUUAGUUUCCUUCACUCUAAAAUGAUUCAUCUCUCAGGAUUUUUGACAAGAUUGAUGUCAUAUCUGUUUACAUAGGAAGGUCAGAGUACUAAUGUUUUAGGACUGUAAUGAUUAAUCAAAGAACAAAGUGUCAUCCUUGAGCCUGCCCAAUAAAGAUUAUUGCCACCUUUUCCUAGUUUUGUAAUUUAGUAGACUUUGAGCUGACAGUGUAGCACUUGAGUGCAUUCAUGGUUGGGUGUAUACUUCUGACUGUCCCCCAAACAGGACCAGCACAGUGGAACAGGGUGCUCCUUCUAGAGGAGACAGGUUUUGUCAGGGAUCUCUUAUGUCUGUUUCUGUUUUAGGGCCAAACAAGCUCUCAGGGUUCUGUAUUUUAUAGUGAACUGAACAUGCAUUUUCCUCUUUGUGGAAAGUAGGAAAAUGAUGCAGUGGAGAUCAGAGACAAACAUUUAAUAUGUAAAUGGGCCAAAUCAGUUUUAGCUCAUGUUUGAGUGUUUGCUAAGAGGUUAGUACAAUCAUUGAGUGCAUAUAAAAAGCUUAAUUAUAGAUGUUAUUUGUGUGGUGCAAUAAAUUGGAGCUUAGUAAGGUCAAGUGAUCAUUCCAUAACUACCCAGUUAGUAAUAAUGGAGUCAGAUUUUUAUCUCAGGUCCUGCCAACUGACUGAAAUGCAUGCACUGUUUUCUCAGCACUGAAGAAAAUAAGGUCUUUUGACUAGUACCUGUCCACCAAAUGUUACCCAUUUAUGAAGAAUUAAAAUUUUGACUGGAAGCAUUUAGAAAUUAUAAGCAAUUUGUAGAUUUUAUUUCUGUUGAAUCUUUUUUUAAGCUGAGGCUUGUAAUUUAUGUCUUAGUUCUUAUUUCAUUCAACUAGGAAUUCAUUUUGUGUUUUUCAAAAGUAUUACUAAAAUACAAACUCAGUAAGACCAUAGCCUGAGCAGCACAGCACUAUACUAUUCUGCCUCCUGCCAAGGUAAAGUCUCCUCAAAUACACUUUCCUUCACUGCCAUCCAGUUAGUCUGUCUGCUGAUAUUAAUGCUGCCUCCUUAACCUGCUAAAGGAUCUUCACAAUGUCACGGGAAAACUGGAUUGUUACAUUAGCACCAUCUAGUGGCUAAACCUGCAUAACACAAAUUUUUACCAGAUUAUUGAAAUUACUCUGGAUUUCCAGAACUGUUGGACCUACAAGAAGAGAUUGUUAUACCAGGUUUGUGUCAAUUGAAA